GUUUCUCCAAAGUUAGCUUCUUGAGAGGGAGGUGCAAGAUGGAAUCUCGACCUUUUUUCGUUUUUUUUCUCUAGGCAGAAAUAUGAAACCUGGUUCAUUUCUGGCAUGUUUGUUCCCGAGCUCCCAGUUCUUAACAUUGCACGUCUCCAUUUAGCUAUUUUAACCAAAAUUAUUUUGACAAUUUUCACAGGAAUCUUGUAUUUUUGUGAAUUAUCCACAUAUAUUCUAACACAUUGAAACAUUUUAGAUUUGUUACUCAAAUACUCCACGAUUGUUUUAUCAUGCGAAUAUGACAGGAUAAUAUCGGAGAGUAAAAUCUCUGAACAAAUUAUUUCCUACGUUUUCAAAGGAGAACAAAGUGCUGCAAGUUUUGGUAUGGUAUAUUCGCCUUCACCGCCCAUCCAAUAUUUGUCAGAGGCACACGGUCUGUAUUGUUUGGAAACUGAGAGCAACGGUUUUCUAUGGCGCAGCCUUGGCCGUUUUUUGUCGGUUAAAUAUCUCUGCCUAGAUAAGUAAUUUCAAGACUUUGUGGAUGUGAGACAGCAUUGACUUAGUUCCAUUGAGUUUUUGGAGUAUUUUGCGUUUUUGGCGGGGGAAAGAUGGCGAGGUUUUGGGGAAAAGUGUCUCUUGCCCUACUUUUCCUUGGAUUUUUUAUGUUUACUUUAGCAUCUGUAAAUGCUGAACCAGAGCAAGAAGUAGAAGAAGAAGGGGAGGAAAGUACAUGUCAGGGGGCUUUUGACUUGUAUUUUGUGCUUGACAAAUCUGGCAGUGUCAAACACCACUGGAUAGAAAUCUACUCCUUUGUGGAGCAUCUAGCUGAAAAGUUUAUCAGCCCAAUGUUGAGAAUGUCCUUCAUUGUCUUCUCAUCCAGAGGAACCACUCUCAUGAAACUGACAGAAAACAGGGUGGAGAUAAGAAAAGGAUUGAAUGUGCUGAGAAAAGAGAUACCUGGUGGAGACACCUUUAUGCACCUGGGCUUGGAAAGGGCGAAUGAGCAGAUACACCAUGAAAACUUUGGGACAGCAAGUGUUAUCAUUGCCUUGACUGAUGGGGAGCUGAACGAACACCAACUCGUCACUGCACAACAGGAGGCAGAGAGAAGCCGGUCUCUAGGAGCUAUGGUGUACUGUGUUGGAGUAAAGGACUUUAACGAGACACAGCUGGCCACCAUAGCAGACACCAUCGAGCAUGUGUUUCCUGUGAUGGGCGGAUUCGUAGCCCUGCGAGGAGUGAUCGACUCGAUCAUCAAGAAGUCCUGUAUUGAGAUCCUAGCUGCAGAGCCCUCCAGUGUUUGUGCAGGAGAGAGCUUCCAGGUAGUGGUGAGAGGAAACGGUUUCCUUCACGCCAGGAACAUAGAGCAGGUGUUGUGCAGCUUUAGACUCAAUGACACCCUCACCAUUAAUAAGAAGCCUGUGGAAAUCGAAGAUACGUUCCUGCUGUGUACGGCUCCAGUUAUGGAUGAAGUUGGGCAGGUUGUUUAUCUACAAGUGAGCAUGAAUGAAGGCCUGUCGUUCAUCACUAGCUCUGUACACAUCACCACCACAGAGUGUUUUGAUGGCACCAUCCUUCUCAUUACGCUCCUGGUUCUGUUCCUGUUAAUGGCCGUGCUGUUCAUGUGGUGGUUCUGGCCCCUCUGCUGCACUGUGGUGAUCAAGGAGCCGCCACCGCCACCCCCUCCAGAGCCAGAAUCAGAUGAUGAAGAUGGCAUGCCCAAGAAGAAGUGGCCCACCGUGGAUGCAUCCUACUAUGGAGGAAGAGGAGUCGGAGGAAUCAAAAGAAUGGAGGUGCGCUGGGGAGGGAAGGGUUCAACGGAGGAGGGGGCUAAACUGGAGAUGCCCAAGAACGCUGUGGUGAAAAUGCCCGAGCAGGAGUUUGAGCCUUACGAGCCCAAGCCCAAGAAGGCCCACAACAGGAAGCCAGCCGCGGACAGGAAGUGGUACACUCCCAUACAGGGUAAACUGGACGCCAUUUGGGCCCUGUUUCGCCGCGGUUACGACCAAGUCUCUCUCAUGAGGCCUCAGCCAGGAGAACAUGGUCGAUGCAUCAACUUCACCCGGGUGAAAGACGAGGCAGCGGCAGCAGCCAAGGCCCCUCCUCGGGCCCAUAGCCCCCCUGCUCCAGACUACCGUCCCCUGAUCCGCCCCACUACACCGCCGCCAGCACAGACCAGCUCGCCCUCGCGAGCACCGCCCGUCAGCCAGCUACCCCCGGGGCCACCCCCCUCCCGCACCCCCCCAGGGCCCCCCUGCCCCCCUCCCUCGCGCCCCCCACCGUGCCCCAACAACAGACCAUGAAAGCGAUUUAGGGACCCCACUCCAAUAAAGCAAUAGUCCCCGCUGCCAAAGAUGCUCCCUCAACCAAAAAUAAACAUAGUAUUUAUUUGAGUUGGGGUGAAUUUAGCAGGAGAUGUAAUGGUUUGUUGCUGGACAGCAAAAGAUUUAGUCAUAGGAGGAAAAAUACUGCAAUGGAUGAAAUUUGUUUAUCAACUACUGAGUAUCCGAUGAUGGUAAGUGUCAAGGUGACAGUAGAGUAGACUGGGCCUUUGUGUGGCUUUAGUUACCACUGAGUCGAUUUACUUUCAACCACAAGGAUUGGAUUUUUUCUAGUAUGACGAACCUGCUGUCAAACCAAUCUAGAUUAGCUUUUUGCAUCUCUCUUUUGUGAAUAUUUACAUAUAGCUUUUUAGAUCUCUCUUUUUUACAUUGAAAGAUUUCAUAAGGGCAAAUUGUGUAGGGGGUCACACAACAGGGCUUGGUUAUGGUUUUUUCUCUGAUGUCCAAAUGACUUCAACUCAGACUGAGAAAGACAGUUUCAGCCAGUGGUGGAAAAAGUACCGAAGUCAUACUUGAGUAAAAGUAAAGAUACCUUAAUAGAAAAUGACUCAAGUAAAAGUGAAAGUCACCCAGUAAA